AUGAAGUUCCUUAUCUUCACAUUUGUUGGCAUUAUUCACCUGUUAUACCUGGACUCUGGGAAAGCUAUGUGCAAGAAUGACAUCUCCCAGAGGACUUUUCAAGAAAUACAAAAAGAAAUAGCCAGCUAUGGAGACAUUGCUAAAGCAAUCAUCAAACUUGCUGUUUAUGGCAAAGCCCAGAACAGAUCCUAUGACCGAUUGGCACUUCUGGUUGACACUGUUGGACCCAGACUGAGCGGCUCCAAGAACCUAGAAAUGGCAAUUCAAAUCAUGCACCAAAGCCUGAAGGAUAAUGAUCUGGACAAUGUCCACUUGGAAGCAGUCAAAAUACCCCACUGGGAAAGGGGAGAAGAAUCUGCUGUGAUGCUGAAGCCGAGAAUUCACAAGAUGGCUAUUUUAGGUCUUGGCAGCAGCAUUGGGACUCCCUCAGAAGGCAUUACAGCUGAAGUUCUGGUGGUGAACUCUUUCAAUGAACUGAAGAGAAGGGCCCCAGAAGCAAAAGGGAAGAUUGUUGUGUAUAAUCAACUUUAUGUCAACUACUCGAUGACGGUGCGAUACCGAGUCCAGGGGGCAGUGGAAGCUGCCAAGGUUGGGGCUGUGGCAUCCCUCAUUCGAUCAGUGACUCCCUUCUCCAUCUACAGUCCUCACACAGGUAUUCAGAAAUACCAGGAUGGUGUACCCAAGAUCCCAACAGCCUGUAUUACAGUGGAAGAUGCAGAAAUGAUGUCAAGAAUGGCUUCUCGUGGGGUCAAAAUUGUCAUUCAGCUGAAGAUGGGGGCAAGGAACUAUACAGAUACUGAUUCCUUCAACACUGUAGCAGAGAUCACUGGGAGCAAGUACCCAGAACAGGUUGUACUGGUCAGUGGACAUCUGGACAGCUGGGAUGUUGGGCAGGGGGCCAUAGAUGAUGGUGGCGGAGCCUUUAUAUCAUGGGAAGCACUCUCGCUCAUCAGAGAUCUUGGGCUGCGUCCGAAGAGGACUUUGCGCCUGGUGCUCUGGACUGCAGAGGAACAAGGUGGAAUUGGUGCCUACCAGUAUUAUCAGUUACACAAGGUAAAUAUUUCCAACUACAGUCUGGUGAUGGAGUCUGAUGCAGGAACCUUCUUACCUACUGGGCUGCAGUUCACUGGCAGCGACAAGGCCAGAGCCAUCAUGAAAGAGGUCAUGAGCCUACUGCAGCCCCUCAAUGUCACUCAGGUCUUGAGCCAUGGAGAAGGGGAAGACAUUAACUUAUGGAUCCAAGCCGGAGUGCCCGGAGCCAGUCUGCUUGAUAACUUGAAUAAAUACUUCUUCUUCCAUCACUCCCAUGGAGACACCAUGACUGUCAUGGAUCCAAAGCAGAUGAAUGUUGCUGCUGCCGUUUGGGCUGUUGUCUCUUACGUCGUUGCAGACAUGGAAGAAAUGCUGCCUAGGUGCUAGAAAGAGCAAUGAAAUCUUGGGUCUGCAGCCUUGGGAAAAGCCUCUUCAAGUAAUAAUGUCAUCUAUUCAUCUUCAAAGCACAACACUUUUUGUUCCUAUAAGCAAUGAUCCCCCCACCACAUAGAAUCAACAUAUAGUAGGGAUCACGAUGGGGGGAUUUCUUUAUACUACCUUUUAAAAAUAUUGUUUCUACUUUGAAAAUAUGCACUAAAUAAAUCUUUGGAAGAUCUCUG